UAAGUUGUUUAAGAAAUAUUUAGAUUUUUAUAUAUCUUCUCUUUGAUUUUUAUAUCUUUUUCAUUUUAAUUCCAGAUUUUUUGUUAAUCUCGAGCAGCGAUGAUGUCACGAGGUUACCAGGGUUACCGUGAGGACUCUUCGGUUUCCGACGCUGUAUUUUCCGAGGAAGAGAGCGGGUAUCAGGACUAUUACUCUCCAAAUAACUAUAACUACAACCAUAACAACAAUGUGUUCAGCCCGAAUUCAUCUGUGACCUCAUUUACGGAUAUUUAUUCGCCAAGAAAUAUAAAUACAUCUGUGACUUCAUUAUCUGAGUAUAAUUCUUCUUCACGGAAUAUAAAUACAUCUGUGACACCAUUAGGUGAUUAUAACUCGCCAAGGAAUAAUAACGCUAGAGAAUUAAAUUCUCCCACAGUGUCUAACUAUAGUACAUAUUCACAGGAAGUUAAAUAUAUUUUUGACCCAAAUUUUGGUAUGCAGCAAAGGUCAAGGUCACACUCAAGUGUAAAAAUGCAAUCAACACCUUCCCAGUUUGAACCCAUUGACCCUUCAGGGAAUUCAACAGAGGAUGACUACUCACAAAUCCAAUACCCAAAUAGAAAACCUAGUGUUCAAAGGAAAACCAGUAAUUCUAGUCAGUAUAGUUACAAAGGUCAAGCACAGAAUGUAGGUCAAGGGCAAAGUGGAGGUCAAGGACAUAAUGGAGGUCAAGUGUAUGCAAAGAAUCCACCACCACCUCCACCAAGAACUUCAAGCUCUGCUUCAGCCUCUCAGAUUUCUCAACAAGGUGACGCAACUCUCACGCCAAAGAAGCCGUCGCUCACACAUUCGAUGUCGGCAUCAUAUUCAGCAUAUUAUUAUCCCUAUAACCAAACACGACGGAAGACAUGGUCUCCGGAAGGGUUCAGACAAGGCUACAAUGUGGCCAGCAUUAAGAGAAAUCAUAGAUUACGUAGCUAUAGUAACGAGCAACUGAUAGAGUCAAACGUUGAAGUUCGUGACAGAGAUCACAUCUAUGAAGAAUUAGAGGCUGGACCACCUAAGUUAGCACCAAUUAGUGGAAUGUUGAAUAGG